AUGGACGCGUUAAUAUUCGAACCCAACCCAGAUGUCUGCAAAGGCGAAAAUGCCAUCAAACCGACCACCAGCCGUGACGUCUGGGUCCAGCUCGGCCUGUCCCUGCUCAUCGGCAUCUCAGCCUUCAUCGCCUUCUGCAUACUGCGCCCACGAUGGCCGACCCUGUACGCCGCGCGCAAGCGCCGACUUGAUCCCAGCAUUGGCUUGCCUGCCCUACCGAACACCUUCUUUGGAUGGAUACCGGCGCUGUGCCGCGUAACCGAGGAACAGGUCCUCGCCUCUGCUGGUCUCGAUGCCUUUGUCUUUCUUUCCUUCUUCAAGAUGGCGAUCCGGAUUCUUGCAAUCUUGGCCUUUUUCGCUUACGCCGUUUUGCUACCCAUCAACCUCAAAUUCGGUGGCAAAAAGCGCAAAAACAAAACAGAGGAUGGCGACAAGAGUUUUGAUAGCGAAAACGGUUAUCUAUGGGCAUAUCUGGUGUUUCUUUACUUCUUCUCGGUUGUCACCCUCUACAUUAUGAACAAGGCGACUUUUAGAGUUAUCCAUGUCCGACAAGAGUACCUGGGAACCCAGUCUACCAUUACAGACAGAACUUUCCGUUUGACGGGCAUUCCUCAAAACCUGCGCUCCGAGGACAAAAUCAAGCGGCUUAUCGAAAAGCUCGAGAUUGGGCAGGUGGAGAAUGUCAGCUUAUGUCGGAACUGGAAGGAGCUCGAUUCCUUGGUCGCGCAACGGGAGCAGGUCCUGGCCAAGCUGGAAGAGACUUGGAGCGUCUACCUUGGAAAGCAGGCUGCUCUCCCCAAAUCCGUGCAACGCUUGCGUGAUCCGCUGGCCGAGCCGUCGGUCCUGGAGCCUAGAGAGGCUGAAGUCGACGAGGAGGCUGGGGAGAACGGCCGCUUGUUAGAUCACAACCACAUCCACCCUGAGUUUGUUGAGAGAUCGCGGCCUAGGGUAAGGCUCUGGUACGGGUUUUUGAAGCUCCGAAACCGCAAGACGGACGCUAUUGAUUACUACGAGGAGAAGCUACGUCGACUUGAUGAGAAGAUUCGCGAGGCUAGAGAUAAGGACUUUGCACCGACCGAUCUGGCUUUCGUAACGAUGGACUCGAUUGCCGCAUGUCAAAUGGCGAUCCAGGCCCGCAUCGACCCUCGACCCGGACAACUUCUGACCAAGCCCGCGCCGUCGCCGUCGGAUGUGAUGUGGGCCAAUACAUACGCGCCCCGCGGGGUACGUCGUCUCCGGUCUUGGUCGGUUACUAUUUUCGUCGCCGUCUUGACGAUUGUUUGGUUGGCCGUUGUCGCUUCCAUUGCUACUCUUCUGAGCAUCUGUAACUUCAGGACAUGGUUCCCGUCAGUGGUUGCAUUCCUGGACGAGUGGCCAACAUUGCGCGCCUUGAUUGAGACAGGUUUGCCGACCCUUCUCGUCUCGUUGCUCAACGUUGCUGUGCCGUACCUGUACGAGUUUCUCUCAUACGAGCAAGGCAUGAUUUCCAAGGGCGACGUGGAGCUCUCGAUUGUGUCCAAAAACUUCUUCUUCACCUUUUUCAACAUUUUCAUCGUCUUGGCUACUUCGAACACGGCCUUCACCGUCCGCAAUUUGCUCAAGCAGAUCCAAGACGUCUGGAAAAGCCCAGCGACAUUGACAAAUACCAUUGCCGGGCAGCUCCGGGAUUUGGCCGUUUUCUACACCAACUUCAUCAUGCUUCAAGGUAUCGGUCUGUUUCCCUUCAGGCUUCUCCAAGUUGGUAGCAUCGUUCUCUACCCAAUCUAUCGUAUGGGGGCCAAGACGCCUAGGGACUUUGCCGAGAUCAUGAAGCCGACUGUCUUCAGCUACGGCUUCUAUCUCCCCACAGCCAUGCUCAUUUUUAUUCUGUGUCUCGUAUACAGCACUCUGGAGUAUGGCUCGUGGAUCUUGACGGUUGGACUCGUCUACUUCAUUCUCGGCUACUUUACGUACAAGUACCAGCUCUUAUAUGCCAUGGACCAGCCGCAACACGCGACUGGUGGUGCGUGGCGGAUCAUCAGCUACCGCGUCAUACUCGGUCUGUUCGUUACACAGGUUGUAAUGUCCAGUAUCAUGGCUUUGGAGUUGGGCUUCGUGCAGUCGGUCACCGUUCUUCCGCUCAUCGCCUUCACUGUCUGGUACAGCGUCUACUUCAAGCGCCGUUUCGAUCCCCUGACACGAUACAUUUCGCUGCGGAGCAUCCGGGCUGUUAACGAUCCAGAUGACGCCGCGGUGCUGGAUGAAGAUUUCGAGGGACCUAGGCCGUCGCAGGGUUUGUUAAGACGAGGUAGCACGAUUGACGAGGACAAAGAAAAGGGCAUGACGUUCGUGAACCCCAGCCUGACUUCUCGUCUUGAAGAGCCAUGGGUUUACCAGGACCCCCCUUCGUACCAAGAGGACGGGGAAAAUGGAGAGGGGAGCGGUCCCGAUACGGAGACGCCCAACGCGCCCGCAAACACGGCGUCGGCUGCAUCCGAUAGUUCGAUGAGCCUCGGCGACACGCACAUUUGGCGGCAACAGGCGGACAGCAACAACCGACAGAGCGUUUAA